UCUUCUUGAGUAGCACACUGGACAUUGUUGUUACGGUGAAACGUCGUCUCCAGCUCAGCGCUAGCUCUGACAGCAUCGAAACAGUUAAUGGUAGAUAGCGACAGUUGCUCUGACAAACCCUUGGAGGAGUAACAAGUGUUUAUGGUUCAGAAGUUUACUUUUAACUUGCGAGUUUGUUUUAAAACGUAAAAACUUGAACUUUCUGUAGGGAUUUCGACUCAAUCUGGAACACGCAUAUAUAUAUAUAUUUUUUUUUGUUUAAAUUGAGUUUAACGAACUUUGAAGAAAAGUUUUGAGAGCAUGAACGUGAUCUAAAAUCCGCUAAAGCGGAGCCAUCAGAGCGGAACAUCAUGAUGACAGAACCAAUGGAGCAGACCCAUCACCUGAAAACUUCAGGCAGCCCAUCAGGUGGGAGCAGUGGGGACGCGUUGGAGCAUCUCCCAGCCAGAAACCGUGGUGGACCAGAGAACGGCAACAGGGGGCGACAGAGAGACCAGAAGCGACAGCAGCGGGCGGAGAACUGUGGGGGUAUCAACACAGACAAGUUAUGGCAAAUGAAAGGCGAACAGAGGGAGGUGUGCCCUGCCUUCGCAGCCGGAAACGAGCUCAUAAAGUGCCCGAUUGCAAAUCAGCCUAACCAGAAAGCCGACGGUAAUCACAUUGCACAGGGGAAAAACGGCGAAGACAGACCACUGGAGGAAACUUUAAACCAGGUGCAAGAAGAUAGUCACAUCGACUCCGACACUGGUUUUGAUGCGCGUCUGGGAAAGAAGAGACACAGGCGCAGGACAUCCAGGAAGAAGCGCAACUGGAAGCCUUAUUGCCAACUUUCUUGGGAUGAGAGGAAAGUCCUGGAAGAGAAAGAGACGGCCAGGGCUUCACGGGUGAGGGAGGAGAUGUUCGCCAAAGGGCUUCCAGUGGCCCCCUACAACACCACCCAGUUCCUGAUGGACGAGCACGACCGAGAGGAGCCUGACCUCAACACCGAGACCGGGGUCAGGCGGCCCUCAGGGGUCGGUAACCGCAUGGAGGACACGGGCAGCGAGGAGGACCUCUGCGACAACAACAACGAGGAGGAGGACGAGGAUGAAGGCAGCGGAGGAGGUAGCGAUGGUAUCGGGAGACCUGGGAACGCAGGUGGGGAGUUUCUCCAGAGAGACUUUUCCGAGACCUACGAGAUGUACCAUGUCGAGAGCCUGCAGAACAUGACCAAGCAGGAGCUGGUCCAGGAGUACCUGGAGCUGGAGAAGUGCAUGUCCCGGCUGGAGGAGGAGAACAACCGGCUGAGGCGCGCCGUGGAGCCCGGGGGUCUGACCGCGGAGAGCUCCCUGGUCCGUCUCAGAGAGCUGGAGAGGGAACUGGAGAGACUGAGGGCCCAAAACACGGAGCUCCUUCUGCAGAACCAGCCGAGCAAUGACAGGGGGCAAGUCGCUACCAACUAAAGGACACAAUUCAAGUGGGGGAAAGCCCCCUUUAAAAAAGGUAAACAUGGGACUGCUACUUUUUUUUCUUCUUUUUUUUUUUAAACAAAUUGUUUGGUGUAAUCGGUUUGUCAUUUGGACAAUGAGUCCUUGCAUUGCAAUGCAAUACGUUUCUUUUCAAUUUGAACUGUAAGGGUGUCCUGUUCAAUUUUUAUUUUCAAGAAGAAAUGUAAAUAUUUCAAAAGAUUCUUUUUAUAGAAUGUAUUUGACAACACGAGAAAUUUGUUUCCGGGGUCAACUCUAAGGUAUCCAUUGACCUAUAAUAUUCCGUUUUUCGAAUUUAAAAACAAACGUUUGUUGCAUUCUCCCCUCCCCCC